AUGAAUCUCCGCAACGAAACACAAACCAACAACUCGAUCACGCUGCGCUGGGAGGCCCCCAGUGACCCCCACUCUCAGCUCUACAUGUACCAGAUCCAGUGGGCCAGUGGGGCACAGCACCAGCAGGAGCAAACGAAUGGCACCUCCUAUAGGGUGCAGGGCCUCGAACCCGGGACUCUGUACAGCCUCAGCGUGAGAGCAGAGAGAAACAAUGUCACCAGCGCCACACGGAGCCUCAGAGCUUCCACAGCCCCAGACCCCGUCCGCAUCUCCUCCUGCACUAGCAACUCUGGGGGCCACGGGCUGGCCCUGACCUGUCUGUGUCCCCGGGGCGGCUUUGAGACCUUCCUGCUGGAGGUCAACGGGCAGCGGAUCUCCCUGGACAAUUCCUCCUGCGAGAGGGAAGUGACCGUGUGGGGACUGCAGCCGGCUCGCUCCUAUGUCGCCAGCGUCCAGACCUUCUGGGAUGGGAUGGUGGCCCCAGGGCCCUCUGUGACCUGUCACACCUCAAGUGUAGGGGUGAUUGCCGGAUCCGUCAUCGGGGUGCUUCUGGCCAUCACUCUGGUGGGCGUCCUGCUGUUCUUCCUGAAGCGCAGGAGGAGUGCGAAACAACCAAGAGAGAGCCGCCCCUCAGUCCCAAGAUCGGGCUCUGCCUCCCACUGCAGCUUCCACAAAGACAUCCGUGCUGCAGACUUCGCCGAGCAUGUGAGGAGAAAGGAGAAGGACAGCAACUGGGGCUUCGCGGAGGAUUACCAGCUCUUGGACCAGGAGGACCAGCCCCAGCUGCUUCAGACGGUGGCCUUGGCUCCCAAAAACCAGAGCAAGAACCGAUACAGAAAUGUGCUGCCUUAUGACUGUGCUCGAGUACCCCUGAAGCCGCUCCCUGGGGAACCAGGCUCUGACUACAUCAAUGCCAGCUUCAUACCUGGUCUCUGGGAAGCCCAGGAGUUCAUUGCCACGCAGGGCCCCCUGCCCCACACCGUGGGGGAUUUCUGGCGUCUGGUUUGGGAGCAGCAGAGCCACACCGUGGUCAUGCUGACCAACUGCAUGGAGUCGGGCCGGGUGAAGUGUGAUGAUUAUUGGCCACUGGACGCCCAGCCCUGUACCCAUGGGCACCUCCAAGUGACUCUGGAGCAGGAGGAUGUGAAGGAGAACUGGAUCAUCAGGACUCUGAAGCUGCGCCAUAUGCAGGAGCAGAAGACGCUGCAGGUGCAGCAGUUUCAUUACAUGACGUGGCCGGACCACGGCGUGCCCCACUGCCCGGACCCCUUCCUGACCUUCAGGAAGCUCUUCCGCGAGAGGCUGGAACGUUGCUCUCAGGGUGGCCUGCCAGUCGUGCACUGCAGUGAUGGCGUGGGCCGCACGGGCACCUUCAUUGCUCUGGAUGUCCUGCUGCGGCAGCUGGAGUGUGAGGGCUGCGUGGGGCCCUUCCAGUAUGUGAAGAAGAUGAGGGGAAGCCGGCCGCUGAUGGUGCAGACUGAGACCCAGUACGUGUUCCUGCACCAGUGCAUCCUGCGCUUUCUCAAACAGUCUUCGCCCAUCCCUUCUGAGGAUGAGGGUUUGUAUGAGGAUAUGAUGUACGAAAACGUGGGUGCCCUGUAG